AUGGUAGAAACGACACCAGUACCAGUUGUCCCGAUGGCUUCCCAGGACGAACGGGCCGCCCUGACUUCUCGUAUCAUUCCCACCAUGACACUCUCAACAGCGAAAAAUCCACUUACUGCUCCAUUGCCCAGGGUAGAGUCAAAAUCUGCAGCAGAAAGGGCAGCUGCGCGGUUUCAAAUUGAGGGCAAUGCUGUGCUUACUGGUGGAGCUGGCACACUGGCACUGGCAUCCGCUCAAGCUCUUCUUGAACAUGGUCUGUCAUCUUUGACCCUCAUGGAUCUACAAGCCACCAUAGACAACUCGACAUCAAACAUAGCCGAGUUGAGGACAUCUUUCCCGCAAGCUCAUAUACACGCCGUUCAUGUUGAUGUGACUUCGGAAUCAGAGGUUGAAAAGGCAUUUAACGAUGCCAGGACGCUUAUGGGCUCCAUUGACAUCCUCUGCUGUUUUGCUGGUAUUGUCGGUUGUGUGCACUCAAUAUCGGCAUCUGCGGGUCAGUUCCGUAAAGUCGUCGAUAUCAAUCUCACUGGAUCCUUCCUGUGUGCUCAAUCGGCUGCCAAGCACAUGAUUGAUUCCAAGACUUGUGGUUCAAUCCUUUUUACGGCGUCCAUCUCAGCUCAUUCAACCAACUACCCGCAACCUCAAGCUGCCUAUAAUGUGAGCAAGGCAGGCGUCGCUCAUCUGACCCACAAUCUCGCGGCAGAGUGGGCGGUUCACGGAAUCAGAGUUAAUUGCCUCUCACCAGGUUACAUGGAUACCGUAUUGAAUGCUGGCGACACUUUAAAGCCUGUCAGAGACAUCUGGGCAAGUCGUUGUCCGAUGGGGCGUAUGGGUGAUGUGGAGGAAAUCACUGGCCCGGUAAUUCUGCUGAGUAGCAAACGUGCUGGCCGAUACAUCAGUGGCGCAGAUUUGAGAGUUGAUGGAGGUGCAUUAUGCUUCUGA